AUGGAAGAUGAAGAGGCAGCAGUACAAUCACCAUAUGAUAUGUUGGAGAUGAUCUUUCCAACCAUCGGUAGAGAACACAUUGCAAAGGAACUAGAAGCAAACUAUUAUGAUUUGUUAAGAACACUUUAUAAACUUUUACAGUCUGAUGACUAUGCUGAAGAUGUUCAACCAGGACAUAUGAUAAAUGAACAAUUUCCUAAUAAUCAAAAUAACAACAAUAAUUAUGAUAAUAAUAAUAAUUACAAUAAUAAUAAUAAUAAUAAUAAUAAUGAAUUAGUAGUUGGACAAUCAACAGAAUUGGAUACACAAAUAUUUCAAAAGAAGUUUAUUCCAAUACCAGUGGCAUGUAGAUUCUUUAUGGAGGGUGCUUGUGUCAAUGAAAACUGUCGUUUCAUACACGAUGACUCUGUAAAACCAAAGGUUACUACUGUUUGUAAGUACUUUCUCAAUGGACAGUGUUUUGUAAAAGGUUGUCCAUUCAAACAUUCUCGUGAAACCGUUUUAUGUAAAUAUUGGUUAAGAGGAACAUGUUGUAAAAGAGAUUGUAUAUUUUCACAUCAAAUCGAUCAAACUGUACAUACCUAUACAAUGACACAGGCAGAUAAAAAUGCAACCAUUGGAAACACCUACAAUGGAACUGCAGAGUCUACUGCCAAACAGCUAUCAUCAAACUUUGAAAAGAACUUUCCUACACUUGGUGGUGGUGGUGGUAGUGGAACUUCAAAUAAGAAUACAAAGAAAUCAUUUAAUAAUCAAAAUAAUAAUAAUAAUCAAAAUACUAAUCAGAAUAAUAAUAAUAGUCAACAAGAAUCUUUAACACAAAUUACAACCGAAAAUACUAAUAAUAAUAAUAAUAAUAAUAAUAAUCAGAAUCAGAAUCAACAAAGAAAAACAAUUCAACAAACAGAUCAAUUCCCAACUUUAUCUAUGGGAGGUCAUCAAAGAAAGAAUCGUAAUAACUAUAAUAAUAAUAAUAAUAAUAACUAUAACCACUCGACAUCUGUUGAUUCGAUUGAUAUGAAUUACAAGAUAAAGAUUGGUCAAUUGGAGAAUAUGUUUAAAAAUAUACAAUUGGAUACAAUCAUAAAGGAGUUGGAAUGCAAUGAAAAUGAUUUCGAAAAGACAAAGGAUUCACUAAAGAGUCGUUAUGGAGUAAGCUCUCCACAAAACAUUUCAACUAAAUCAACAUCUAGUGUGGCCGAUGAUGAUCGCAAUUAUUAUGGUGAUGCACCAUUAAGCAAUAUAAAGGUUCAAGAAAAUGUUGCAUUUGGUAAAAGUUUUGUUUGGAGCGAUACCGGUGAGUAUGUCAGCUCACUAUACAUUCUUCAUCGUGAUGAAGCUAUCAAACAUGCUCGAGAAAGAAAUCGUUUGUUUAGUUUGGCAGCAAUGGCAUUUAAUAAUGGUGAUCAUUCUACGGCUCGUCAACUCUCUCAUCAAGGACACGACCACAAUCGUCUCAUGAGAGAACUACAUGAAAAGGCCAAACAAGAGAUCUUUAAACAAAGAAAUGUAGGACAUGGAAAUGAUAUGAUCGAUUUGCACGGCCUACAUGUAAGAGAGGCAAUAGAAAUAUUAGAAAACUAUUUAGGUGUAUCCAGUCCACUCUAUAUCAUUGUUGGAACAGGACAUCAUACAAACCAAGCACGUCUACCAAACAAGGUAAAAGAAUUUAUAACCAAUCAAGGAUAUAAAUAUCAAGAUUGUUCUACUGAUGGUAGAGAAGGUAUGAUCAUGGUUUAUAGAUAA